UCGCCGUCGGUGCUGGAGAUCCUGGACACGGCGGGCACCGAGCAGUUCGCGUCCAUGCGGGACCUGUACAUCAAGAACGGCCAGGGCUUCAUCCUCGUCUACAGCCUGGUCAACCAGCAGAGCUUCCAGGACAUCAAGCCCAUGCGCGACCAGAUCAUCCGCGUGAAGCGGUAUGAGAAAGUGCCAGUCAUCUUGGUCGGGAACAAAGUGGACCUGGAGAGUGAGAGAGAAGUAUCCUCCAAUGAAGGCCGAGCCCUUGCCGAAGAGUGGGGCUGCCCCUUUAUGGAGACUUCUGCUAAGAGUAAAACAAUGGUGGACGAACUCUUUGCAGAAAUCGUGAGGCAGAUGAACUAUGCUGCCCAGCCUGACAAAGAUGAUCCGUGCUGUUCUGCCUGUAACAUACAAUAGCAUCCAAAUUUGGCUGUCCUGGACAGGACUUGCCCAGUAUCGUAGGUGAUAGAGACCUUGCCUACCACAUUGCAGAGCUGGCGGGAUGCGUGGUGUGAAACUACAGCACACUGCAACCCUUAUUCAGAAAUGAGCAGUGGUUGUCAGACACUGUUUCUGAGUACAUUUGGGUUCAGUAACAACAGUGUUCACCAGUGUCCUCAGCCUCCUUUAUGCAUCUGCAACUUGUAGGCAUAGCCCAUCGAUCUACAGGGUGAUCUCAUUUGAAAGCGAUGAUGGCAUUGUCACUGAGUUGACAGAAGCAACUAUUGUAUAAAUUCAAAUGAAUCAUGAGGGAGAAACCAGAAGAAUUCGUAUGACCACUUACAGUUAAAUAUUUUGUCUUCUUUACAAAAAAAAAAAACUAAAGGAGAAUAUUUUCCUACAAGAGUACUGAAUUUCGGGAAUUGGGAUAGAGCUCCUAACCAGUGUAUUCCGUCAAGUAGCAUAACAGCUGGCCUGCCAACAGCACUGCAGGGAGAGUCUUUGCACAGCUGGCACAUUUCUGUUUUUCAAAAUUGAUGCCUAACUGUAGAUGUUAUCCUAAUCUGUGGCAUGGAACUAACUCACGCAUCAAUCCUGAUAGAGCAAAGUCAGAACAGAGUUGUGUGAAAAUACAGUCUGGCUUUAGAAUUUGUUAAAUCACCUGCUUUGCCACAGAAAAUGGAGGCUCUCUCAAGGGUUUGAUCAGAAUUAAAAUCCCAAACCCACCCUCUAUCACCCAAGCAGGGAAGGUUUUUAUUUCCUGAACAAGGAGGAAGCAACUGAGAUGGAGAGAUUGCCUAGCCUUACUAACAAGAAGCAUUCUAGUAGAUUAACUCGUACCAUCGUGUAAGGAAAAUGAAGCCAUGUUGCAGCCACAUGUUCCCGUUUGCAGAAACCGCACAGGACAGGACAGAUAUCUGGCACUUUUACAUUCAUGAAAGCAGCAAAUUCCUUCUCGCCUUUAAGGGCUAUGGUGUGAUGUGACCCUUGGCUAACCUGCUUUGGAAAUCCAGUUCGCUGUAGCAGAGCUUUACUGCAGGCAUUUAAACAAUUGAAUAACCGUGUGAAAUAAUUUGGGCUUAAAAGUAGAACAUAAAUUAUAGAGUGGAAGGUGAGGGACAAAAAGCCUUUUAUCUUUAAUUUUCCUGGAGAAUUAUAUAAAGGUUUUCUUAUAACAAUUCCGCCCUGAUUACUGAAGUGGCACAUAAAGCUGGAGUGAAUAUUUUGUUUUGAAAAGGUGCUCAAGCUCUGACAUUUUUGGUUUUGAUAGCCGUGAAGUAUUUAUCAUUUGCAUGAGUCAUGGCACAGGAAAAUCCUAUUCAAAAGUUUUACAAUCAAAUGUAGAAAGGUUUUCACCUCACUUUAGAGUUAGAAAUGCUGAAGAGAGGACCUUGAGCCCGGCCUCUGGAGAGAAAUUUGGCCUAGAGAACUGCAAUAUCACUGAGCCUGUGAUAUACUUAGCGCCCAAAUUUUCCUGGUUCCACAGUCUUGUGCAAGUAACCUCUGGUCUUACAUGUGUAACUGAGAGAAGAGUGUGUCUGUGUGUGCAUGUGUGUUUAUUGUUCCUAAGAAUUUGGCACAAGUCAGAGAUAAUUGCCUAUACUGAGAAUCUAUACUGCAGAAUAUAGUGUAUCAAAAACAUUUUUUCUUCGAAAUUAUUUAAGCAUCUUUUCUACAUCAUAGAAAUCAUUGGUAGCCCCCCAAGUGUUUCGUAACUGGCAUCAGGCGUCAAGGGUAGAAGAAGGGAUGAUAGUAUUUUUCAUAGAUGAGAAACUGAAGAAAUAAUGUGAGUAAAACCAGACCAUGUUUAUGACAGAAUCUUUGAAUUGUGAAUAUUUAUAUUCUUCUGUACAAAUUUUUUUUAUAAUCUUCAAUUACAAAGCACCUUGUUUAUAGGACAAAAAAGUUAUAACCAAUUUUCUUCAGGCAAAUUUCACUGUGUAAAAACUGAGUUGACCCAAACAGAAUAAUCAAAGAUUCAAGAAGUAUGAUUUAUCUACUGAAGCAGAAAUAUUGGUCAGUAAGUCAGUUGAGUUUUGAAGCAUUGAACUUCUAAUAAUGAUUCUGUGUUUUAGAAUUCCAUAAUAGCAAUGUAGGACAACUAAGAUUGCAUAUUAGAAACAGCUAUAGAGAUCCCCACGGUUCUGUAUCAUGGGUUGCUAUGCAGACGCAAAAAAUAGGUGAAAUAAUGUGAAAGGUCUGGCAAAGUGAGAUGGAAAACAUUAUCUGAAGUUUGGGAUUUUGUCUAGAAGUGCUUGUCAGACAAUAAGGUGGGCUUUUACUGUGAAGAUGUUGCUAAGAACUGAUGUGGCCGCCUGACGGGUGCUCCCACACAGCCUCCCGAGUGUAGGGACAUGGCGUUGAGACCUGCAAAGCACGGGGCCUCCUGCCUCCACCGUCAGUCAUCAGCAUGGCACAAGUCCCAACCACCCUGAAUGAACAUGUUUGCUGAGAUGGGAAUAAAAAGCUCAAGAGCAGGAAGAUGACUCUUGUUGGCACAUGAAAUCAUAGUGAAAGUUGGUGACCCGGUCAUUACUUACAUUAUGCCCUGAUCAGACUAGCAACUAGAUAAGUGAAAGUUUUUCUAACAUGCCUUAAAGAUAUUAUGGUUUGAUCCAAAGACCCACUAUUUCUUUCGCUAUUGUGGUCAGGUUUUUUUGUUCUGUUUUUUACUUUUAUACAAAGGCAGCAUUUUUUCUUAAGGUUUUUUUUUUUUCUCUUAAUGUUGCAACUUUUUGGUUCCCUUAAGCUGUGAUAGUGAUGGUAACCGAUGCCUUCGUUUUAUUCAACUUACACAAAACAAGCCAGCAUCUGAUCAGAAGUAUUACAUAAAAUCUUUAACUAUUGAAAGGUGCUUUGAUGAUCUUUGUCCUUUGGUUUGUAGAAUUAGGACUGAACCUUUGACUCGCUACAGUUGCCAUCACUUUUCUAUGGUAAAACUACUGAAAUUUUCUUUUCUGUAUAAAGAAAUGUUGCCUAAGGAUGUCUGGUAUUUGUUUUCAAUGGUGGAUUUUCCCCGUAUGAAUGUUGUCAGUGUCUGUGUGAAUUGAGUGCUUUGUUUUUUUUUUUUCUGUUGGGUUUUUUAGCUUUUGGUUCCUAUCAGUAGUCCUGUGUUAGCACUGGUUAAGCUUUAAUUGUCUUGUUAGCGAAUCAAAUGUUAAAGACUAUGGGGGUCCUCCUCUUUUUUUCUUUUUCUUUUUGUCAUCAUGCAUCUAUUAAAUCUUGAUCAGGGUUUCAAGAAUGACUGCAGUAGGUUUUGAAAACAGACUUAUCAUUAUUGAUUUGGGGUUUCCCAGAGAUUAUAGUUCAGUUAGUUGUUGAGCUCUAAUACAACUGACCAUUUAAAAUUGAACAACAGUUUAUUGUUUUAUAACAAUGUCAGUUGUUAAACCUUGACAUUUCAAUUAAAACAUGAAUUGUAGUUACAACUCAAUGCAAAUUCAACAGUUGUAUUUGGAGUUAAAUUAUUUUAACAAAUAAAUUUAUUUAAUGAAACUGGA